GGGGCAACCUGCUGAAGUCAGUCUCUGUUUGCCUGGUGGUCUGCAGGGACGGGCGAGGUGGUCUCGAGGCCCGGACAGCCCAGGAAAGGCAGAACUGAGAGUUGGGGGAGGAAGUGAAAGCCCAGUUCAGAAGGAAAAUGCAGAGAAGUAGAAAAUACCCAGCUCUCCUCCCACACCCACACAGACUCAGCCCACAAGCUGGGGAGUAAAAAUAAAGACAUUGUCCAAGAAGCAGGCCGCAGAUGACUGUGACUGUCCCGCAUUGGAGGGGGCAGCAGAGGCUGAUGCUGCGCGAGGGGAAGUCCACUGGUUCUCCAGGCCGGAGGCUCGCUUAGCCAGGAGGCGUGCUUUCCUUGCGAGGUGGUGAGCGAUAUGGUGACCAGCCUGCCCGGGGCCAGUGUGACCCUGACCUGCCCGGGCAGGGAGCCGGGGGACAAGGCCACCGUUCACUGGCUGCUGGAGAACUAUGUGGCAGGCUCACACCGGAGCAGCUGGGCUGCCAUGGGAAGGACGCUGCUUCUGAGGUCGGUGCAGCUCAGUGACUCCGGAAACUAUUCAUGUUACCAGGACGGCCGCCUGGCCGGAACCGUGCGUUUGCUGGUGGACGUGCCCCCUGAGGAGCCCCAGCUCGCCUGCUUCCGGAAGAGUCCGCUCAGCAAGGUAGCUUGUGAGUGGGGUCCUCGUCGCCCACCCUCCCCGACGACCAGGGCCACGUUACUGGUGAGGAAGUUCCGGAGCAGCCCGCUGGGGGACUCCCAGGAGCCGUGCCCAUAUUCCCAGGGGUCCCGGAAGUUCUCCUGCUUGCUGGAGGUCCCGGAGGGAGACAACUCCUUGUAUGUCGUGUCCCUGUGCAUCAGCAACAGUGCUGGAAGCAAGUCCAGCAAACCCCACACGUUUGAGGGCUACGGAAUCUUGCAGCCUGACCCGCCUGCCAACGUCACUGUCACUGCUGUGGACGGAAACCCCCGCUGGCUCAGUGUCACCUGGAAAGACCCCCCCUCCUGGAACUCCUAUUUCUACAGGCUGCAGUUUGAGCUCCGUUACCGGGCUGAACGGUCACAGACAUUCACCACGUGGAUGGUCCAGGAGCUCCAGCACCACUGCAUCAUCUACGAUGCCUGGAGAGGCAUGCAGCACGUGGUGCAGCUCCGGGCACGGGAGGAGUUUGGGCACGGCUCCUGGAGCUCGUGGAGCCAGGAGGCCACGGGCACCCCCUGGACAGAAUCCAGGAGCCCUGCAGCUGAGACUGAGGCAUCGUCCUCCACACAGGCACUGACUACUAACAAGGACAAUGAAAGUCAUCUCUCUAAAAAUCCUGCAAAUGCAACCAGCCUCCCAGUGCAAGACUCUUCUUCGGUGCCGCUGCCCGCCUUCCUGGUGGCUGGAGGAAGCCUGGCCUUUGGGACUCUCCUGUGCAUCGGCAUCGUCCUCAGGUUCAAGAAGACGUGGAAGCUGCACACGCUGAAGGAGGGCAAGGCGAGUGUGCACCCGCCGUACUCGCUGGGACAGCGGGUCCCCGAGAGGCCCAAGCCCACCCCGGUGCUGGUGCCCCUCAUGUCCCUGCCGGUGUCCCCCAGCAGCCUUGGGUCUGACAGCACCUUGAGGCACGGCCGACCGGAUGCCAGGGGCCCACAGAGCCCUUACGACAUCAGCAACAGAGACUACUUCUUCCCCAGAUAGUGGGGGGCGGGGUGCCAGGCCCUCCGAGCCUCGUGAGUGACGAAGCACAAACUAGCUCAUCUCAGCUGCCGGGGCCUCAUGGAAGGCGCUUCACUUCCCGAAACAGGGUUGCUGCCUCCGUUCCGAAGGAAGAGGUGGUUGAGUCUUGGAACCACCCUUUCCCAAGUGCCUAAAGGGGUCGACCCCCGGAGGAGGCAGGUCACCAUCGUGCUGGACACUCAGGUGGACGAGCCGCCGGCCACCCACGCACCCAGACUCCUCUGCGCGAGUGGCAGCCUGCGCCAGAUGGGACCGAUUUCCAGCCAAGACUCCCCGGGCAUCUCCUGGCCUGCCGAGCAGCUCCGCCUUCCAGCCUCAGUUCUUGGAGCCAGAAUGCCUUUGCAAUUCAGCUUUUCCAGGCCUGAGGAUGGGAGAAGCACCUGCCUUUCUUCCCCAUACCUGAAAAUAGCACAGCGAGUCGCCUAGUAUCUCAGGGCCUGGUGGUUUGAAAUGGAAUUGUAAUUAGUUCCUCAUUAGCAUUUUGCUAAAUGUGAAUGGCGAUCCCAGGCACUUGCUGAAUCCAGAGCAGGUGCACUGGCUCGACUUCCCUCUUUGGAUCCCAGGACUUCAGGAGGAGAGAAGCAGAGGAGAGAGGGAGGGUCGUGAGGAGACAGGCCUCCGUGUCCUCCCUAGGGGCGGCACUGCCCGGGGACCCGGACUCUGGAAGCCAGCUUCCCUGUCCCCCGCUUACGAGGGGGACUGUCAGGCUUCUGCCUUGGGGGGGAGGUCGCAACUGCUGUUCUUCUACUUUGUUUUCAGCUGAGCCUGAGAAACAAGGGAAGAUAAUGUUCAUGUGAAAAGACAAAGAACCCGGCAGGAAUGUAUUUUAACUUGUUUUUCUUAAAAAACCCCAAAACUGCUGUUUUAUCUUCGAGGCUGGGAGAGCCAGUAUUCGCUGAGUGUCAGUAUAUGAGUAACUUGGGGAAAAAGCACAAUAACCUUGUUUAGCACAAAACUGAGUCAAGUGAAAAAGGAGGAGAAAAGAUAAUUUUCCUUUUAGAGCAGAGAGUCUGAUUUCAUUCUACAUCUUGUUUUUGUCUUAAAAAGUGAGAACAUAGUCUCUCCUUUAACCGGGGGAAAGCAGCUGUUCACCCUGCCAGGCCGCGGCGGCGGAGAGGGUGUCCGGCCCCCACCCCCGAGCCCUUGGUUGUGGGAGGGGUCUCCCUACAAAGUCCCCCCACCUUGGGGUCUUCUUAGUUCCUCGAUUUGAUUCAGCUCAGCUAGGAUCAGAGCACCCACUGACUGUAGCCGCGUGGCCGCGCCAGCACCCUCAUGGUGAGUCCGGGCUUUGAUGAUUCAGGGAUGCGUGUGGUCACCCAAACAAGGGCCCUCGAGCAGCCUGGGGUGUCCCAGAAUGAAGCUGUGGUUACAGGCAGCCUCGUAACCACCGCUGAACAUUUACCAGACCACAGACUUUUCUAGUAGCUUGCUUUUUUAGACAAAUGACCACCAGCACCAGACAGGCGGCGAGAGGAACAAAAUGACCGUGUUUCCUUACUGGUUGCCAGGUUCAGGCCACGCUGCCUGAGUCUGUAAAUCUCAGGCCCUGUUGCUGCUCUAGGCAACUAGUCUUCAGUUGACCAAAGUUAGGCGGGUGUUUUUUGUUGUUGUUUUUCUCUAAAGUUUCUUUGAGAACAGCAAAAAUGCUGUUAAAGGGAAAUAUGCAAAACAAGAAUGUGCAUGAGAAAGGUCUUUACCUCUUGGCGAGGUUGGGUUUUACUGGAGCUGAGAUGGUGGAAGAUGGACCGGCAGAUAGCAGACAGCGUCUGGCUGCUGAGAGCCGUGCUUUGAUCUCCAAACUGUUAUUGCUUUCAUUAUUAUUGUAAUGAAACUGCCUCUUUUUUUUUUGUAUUGGAGAGGGUUUUUUUCCCCUCUAUUUCUACAUAAGCUAGAGAAUGAAGGAAGAGCGUUUUCCUCUGGGUCGCAGGCUGUGCUCCGGGAGCCUCUGUGCACCCGCUGAGCUCUGUGCUCAAAUCCCUGGGCCGUGAGCGCGCCCCUUCCCGUGGUCACCGCCCCUGGGUCCUGCAGGGUGCCUGUUGCCUGUCCUCCUCGACAGAUGUUACCUACCUGACCUGUAGCACAGCCAGACCCAAGAGGACAGCUCCCCUUGCUGGGUGGGAAAAGCUGAAAAUAUGCUGGUUCAAGGUCUAAAUGUGCUCAGUAAUUCUUGUAGCAUUAAUGAAAACUUUUUUGAAAUGUCAAGGGGGUAGCAUUGAAUGGACCUGCAAAGCCUUCGGUGACCCCGAGAGCUCUUUGCUCUGACGAGGUCUUGCCCAGGGGCGGGCACCUUGAUAAGGGGUCAGGAGCCCACCUGGCGGUGAGCAGAGCCGUGUGGGGCAGGCUGGGCCUGGUCAUGGUUUCUGGGCUUCCUGCAGAACGUUCAGGAUUGUCUUGCCUCCUCAGAGGUCCUGAAGUUUGACCCACUUGGGGAAGAGUCUGUCCUUCAGUUUCAGGUGGAGUUGGUGAGAAACAGGUCUUCAUCUGGAGAAGCAGGGACGACGGGGGGCCCUUCAGAGGCCACGCCGGCUUUCCCACGUGGCAGGCGGCCGUGGGGCUGUUGUUGGGAGGCAGGCCAGCUGGUUCGGCGUCUGUCCCCCACGUGUCCCCUGCGGCACUCCAGCAUCGCGUCCUCCGUGUGGCCUGGUGGCAGAGCCGGGGAGUUUCUAUGACAACCUUACUGAUUAUUAAAGAACGCUGUCGUUUUUAUGAACAUGUGCUCAGAUGAAGGUCUGCUGUAGAAAGAGGACUGGAACAGUGCGUAGCAAGGCUGUGAAUUAGCAGAGACACCAUGUUUGGAUGGGGAUCACACACCUGUUAAAUACAAUACCUCAGCUUUUUUUUUUUUUUGGAGAAAAAUAAGUUUUAAUUUUUGUUUUUUUUUUUUUUACCUAAUUACCUGAAAGCAAAUACCAAAGGCUGAUGUCUGUAUAUGGGGCAAAGGGUCAGUAUAAUGUUUUUCAGUAUUUUUCUUUUUAUCAGCUAUUUUCCAUUUAAAGUGAAAAUCGUAAAUGUUUGAAAUAAAUAAUUUCUAAAAAUAUGCUGGAGAUGUAAUUAUGCUUUGGGCACCCGGGCCGUUUGGAGGAAAGACUUGCCCAAUUAAAGAGGGAAGGAUUGGAGAAACAUGGGCUUAAAACUAAGCAGGACCGUUUGGGGUGGGCCUCCCCUAAGGCACAAUUGAGUUACCUCUAGAAAGAGGUAGGUUCCAGAAACAAUAGCAAUUUCUCAAAAGACUUUAAUUAUGAAAAUGUUUCCCAAAAUGAGUCCUGGGGUUUCUGGAAGGGCGUGGGUGCUUCUGCCACGUUUAGCAUCACGGCCAGGGGGAUGGGCGUGUAGGGAAGGAAGAGGGCGGGCAGCUAUUCAUCAGGAGACUGUUUAUUGAACAGGGGGUGUGAACCACAUCACAGAGGUGACCCUGCCCUCCUGAUCGGCAGCCUCAACCUGUCCCCUCUUGGGAAGGGUCUCUGGCAGGAAAACCUCGAGUCGCGGCCAUCCCAUGGCUUCCAAACAGAGGAGAGCCAUCAUGUGGCCGCCUUAUGGACAAGAGUUGUUGUCAGACGGCUCCAGGCUGGGGAGCCCAGAGAUUCUGUACGUCAGACUGGAAGCCGGAGGCCCUGCCUGAGCCACGCGGGAGCCAUGGCGCUGGCCUGCCGACCCCCCGUGUCCUCGAGGUCGGUUCCCGUCUUGCAGAAAGUGCCACAGGAAUCAGAUGUCUCCCUGGUGGCCAGGCUGUGUGGGCCGGGCAGGGGUGCAGGAGUGGGCACCAGGACAGGAAAUGGAAGGAGGAACCUCCCACUGCACAGCGUUGCUGUCGGUCUGACAUGGUCACGAUGCUCUUUCCGCCAGACCCGGGAGAGCCGCGGGCGGUCUUCACAGGGGACGGCCUAGUGCACCCAGUUGCUGGGCCGGCCGCUGAGGAAAGCACUUUCUUUCCUCUUUGUCGAAGCAGAAGGAGACCAGGACUUUCUCCAUGUUGGAGAGAAGUGCCGGCCAGACGCAGGAAGCUUUCUGCCGAGCUUUUGGCCACAGCUGGGCAGUGCUCGGGGGCAGCUGGGGCUCGGGGUGGCCCCUGGGCACGGUGGGGGCCGGGCCAGCCGGCUGUGGGGCCUGUGCACACGUGGUGAUGGCCAGUGACCUUGAGCCCUGCACUGUCCUUUAAAUGCUGACCAAUCCCUAGUGUCUUAUGGAAGUCCCUGCUUGUCACUCACAACCCAGACGAGACAACACCUUAGCCAUGUCUUAUUUCAUACCAGUAGUUUUAGAUGACAGUCCAAAACGUGGGUAAAAUUAAGUUUUUUCAGUAAAAUCAUGAGACGUUCCUACUAGUAGCGGAUGUAUGUAAUACUCAAUUAAGGAUGUUCUUCUAAUUUAACUUCAAAUUGCUUAAUACAUCUGCCAGUGUUCACAAGUAGCUUACUGCGAAACGGAAGCUUCAUUAGGAUUUUCUAAAGAAUGGAAUUCAUCGGGAAGACAGUUGCACAUUAUUUUGUUUUUUAAGUUGAAGUGCUGUGCAAUAGGGAUUUUGAAAUGUUGAAUGUUGUAAGCGUGACACCCUGGAGUCUAUGGCCAGCAAGAGAAGAAGGGAGAAGUGGCGGGUGGACGGCAGCCUGCAUACACCCGCCCUGCAGGGCGCAAACCCGCCCCGGUGCAUAGCGGGGGUCAGCAGGGACUCCUGUUCAGUAGGUGUGAUGUGGGCGCAGAAAGCUAAGUAACCCCCUCAGAUGGCUCUGAGGAAGGUGCUCCUGAACCCCAGGGGUGACCGUGGCCAUUUCUGGGAUGAGAUGGUGCUGGGGGCGUCCCACAUGAGGACGUGGCAUCCUUUGGCGGAUUGUUUCCACGGACAGGUCUGAGGGUCAGGAGCCGCACAGCCCGUGUUGAGGGUCCCUGUGCCGCAGACCACUAGGCUGGAGAUGGGAUUCCGAGACAACGUAUGGUGUUAAUUGGGAAACAAAAUCUUGGACAGUAAAGGGGGACACCACCAGCCUUGCUGGUCACCUGGAGCCCACAGCCCCUUUUUGGUAGAAAAGGGAAAGGGUCCAUUAAAAUUAGCUGAUAAUAAUAGCUACCACUUGUGGACCCUCCACCACGUGCUUCACAAACAGGAUGUUCUUUCUCAUCCGAACGGCGCUGGGGGUGAGUGCUCGGCUCGCUUACAGGUGAGGAAGCUGAGGUGGGGGCAGGGGUCCGAGACUGAGGUAGGAGGCUGCCCUUGGCCGUAAACCUGGUCUGCCUGACUCCAAGAGCAGUGCUGUCCUCGCCAUGCGGCUCAGGCCCCUCGGCACUGGUGACCACCGGGAUGGUCCUCUCCAGCCCCCGUGCAGGCGGGGGCCUGGCCCACUCACUCCCCAUUCCCCAUUUGGUUUGUCACACCUGUCAUGUGAGUGGGGGCUGAGAAGCCAAGCCUGGGGGAGUCGGGAGCCCACAAAGGCAUGUCUCCGAGGCAGCCAAACCCCAAAAGAUGAGGUGUAGAGGGGAGGGGCAGCAGCUAGUUCCUUACUCGUAAUGACCCUUGAUCAGAAACCGAAUCGAACCACUUCCCCCCAAUCUGUACCAGCUCUCUGAACUCCGCGUGGAUGGUUUGAUUUUCUCCUGCUGCUUCCUUGGUACACACUUCGGUGAACUUCCUUGAAAUGCUCCACGUGUGCAUUAUGCCCACUCUCUCUGGAAGGUAAUGGUCACUAUGCUGUGAAUGCUGGUUCUUUUUGGAUGGUGAGACUUUCAAGGGAAGUUUCCUGAACUGCAGUGACCCAGGAGGGACCGGCCCCUUCCUUGGGAUGCUGGCUGUCCACCGGAGUUUGGGAGCGAACUCUCCCCAGGAGAGGAUGGCCAGUGUGUGGUGGGGUUCAGUGGACGGGUCCGGGUGGGGAGUGGCUGCACGGGCACAGGCUUGCCCAGGGCUGCUGGUGAGGGCUGGGGGGCUGCCUUGUACACACACUGGGUUGAGCAAUUUUGUGAUAUUCUAAAAGCAAGGACGUCACGUUAGGAAGUCACUGAAGACUACAUAGAUAGAUGACUUUUUGAUGCAUAUUAAAUAUUUUUUCAUGAGCAUGUAUGUUUUUACAGUUAAAGAAAGCUUUUCACUAAA